AUGAUCUCCGUGGGGACCCUGCACUCAGCCUUCAAAGUGCUCCUGCCCCCCAGGAUGCUCGUAAUUCAGUAGUAGAUGCUGGUGGCCUUGAAAGCAUCACCCAGUGUCCCAAACAGCUUCCUCAGAUGAUGGCUGCAGCCGCGGAUGGUUUGGGGAGUAUAGCGAUAGACACAACCCAGCUCAACAUGUCCGUGACAGAUCCCACAGCCUGGGCCACCGCCAUGAAUAAUUUGGGCAUGGUUCCCGUGGGGUUGCCUGGACAGCAGCUUGUGUCUGACUCCAUCUGUGUACCAGGCUUUGAUCCAGGCCUCAACAUGAUGACUGGGAUCACCCCCAUUAACCCAAUGAUCCCAGGCCUGGGACUGGUACCACCCCCGCCGCCAACAGAAGUGACUGUCAUCAAAGAAAUAAUCCACUGCAAGAGUUGCACUCUUUUCCCUCAAAAUCCAAAUCUUCCACCUCCUUCCACGAGAGAACGACCUCCUGGAUGUAAGACUGUGUUUGUCGGAGGAUUGCCAGAAAAUGCUACCGAGGAAAUUAUUCAAGAAGUCUUUGAACAGUGUGGUGAUAUCACAGCGAUUCGGAAAAGCAAGAAGAAUUUUUGCCACAUUCGCUUUGCAGAGGAAUUCAUGGUUGAUAAAGCCAUUUACCUUUCUGGUUACCGGAUGCGGUUAGGGUCUAGCACGGACAAAAAAGAUUCUGGCCGCCUUCACGUGGACUUCGCCCAGGCCAGGGAUGACUUCUACGAGUGGGAAUGCAAGCAGAGGAUGCGCGCCCGCGAGGAGCGGCACCGGCGCAAGCUGGAGGAGGACCGGCUCCGGCCGCCCUCCCCGCCGGCCAUCAUGCACUACUCGGAGCACGAGGCCGCUCUGCUGGCCGAAAAGCUGAAAGAUGAUAGCAAGUUUUCAGAGGCUAUCACAGUGUUACUUUCCUGGAUUGAACGAGGGGAAGUGAAUCGGCGUUCCGCAAACCAGUUCUAUUCCAUGGUGCAGUCGGCCAACAGCCACGUCCGCCGGCUAAUGAAUGAAAAGGCCACACAUGAGCAAGAGAUGGAGGAAGCCAAGGAGAAUUUUAAAAAUGCCUUAACCGGAAUCCUCACUCAAUUUGAGCAGAUUGUGGCCGUUUUCAACGCUUCUACCAGACAAAAAGCUUGGGACCAUUUCUCGAAAGCUCAGCGCAAGAACAUAGACAUUUGGCGAAAACAUUCUGAGGAGCUCCGGAAUGCUCAAAGUGAGCAACUCAUGGGCAUCCGCCGCGAAGAGGAGAUGGAAAUGUCAGAUGAUGAGAAUUGUGACAGCCCAACUAAAAAAAUGAGAGUCGAUGAAUCAGCCCUGGCGGCUCAGGCCUACGCCCUGAAAGAGGAGAAUGACAGUCUCCGCUGGCAGCUGGAUGCCUACAGGAAUGAGGUGGAGCUGCUGAAACAGGAGAAAGAACAGCUUUUCCGAACAGAAGACAACCUCACCAAGGACCAGCAGCUGCAGUUCCUGCAGCAGACCAUGCAAGGCAUGCAGCAGCAAUUGCUGACCAUCCAGGAGGAGUUAAACAACAAAAAGUCAGAACUGGAACAAGCAAAGGAAGAGCAGUCGCACACACAGGCGUUACUCAAAGUCCUCCAGGAGCAAUUAAAAGGUACCAAGGAAUUGGUGGAGACCAAUGGCCACAGCCAUGAGGAUACAAAUGAAAUCAAUGUGUUGACAGUCGCAUUGGUCAACCAAGACCGAGAGAACAACAUUGAGAAGAGAAGUCAAGGCUUAAAAUCAGAGAAAGAAGCUCUACUAAUUGGCAUCAUAUCAACGUUUCUUCAUGUCCAUCCUUUCGGAGCCAAUAUAGAAUAUCUUUGGUCAUACAUGCAGCAGCUGGACUCCAAGAUAUCUGCAAAUGAAAUUGAAAUGCUUUUGAUGAGGCUGCCUCGCAUGUUUAAACAGGAAUUCACAGGCGUGGGAGCAACGCUGGAGAAAAGGUGGAAGUUGUGUGCCUUUGAAGGAAUUAAAACUACCUAACUAUGAAAAACCAACUAGACACAUGUCUGGAAAUGAAGCUGCCUGCACCGCUCCGGGGCUGUGCAGUGAGGGCAGGAGGUGGGGUUGUCCAGGGCAGGACCUCGGCGGAGCCAUCAGAGCCUGACUUUAGUUGUACCUGUGGCGUUCUCUUGUGAGUGGAAAUGUAAUUGUGUGCCAGUUCCCUAAACAAACAGAGCUUCUACCGUGACAGGUCUGUGUCCUCUGCAAACCAAACAAUGAUUCCACAAUCAUAAUGAUGGCAAAAUCUUAAAAUAUGCUACAUUUGAGAAUAGCUCACCAAACAAAAUAUUUAAAGUUAAUGAUGGUGUAGCAAUGGUUGUUGCUAGG